CACACACACACACACACACACACAAGACAAGGAAGAAAAAGAAAAAGAAAGCUGCUGGUAGAAGAACACAUAUAUACAAUCAAUUUGGAAAGCCCUAUCGACAGAUAUAUUUUCCUUGCAUCUACUCUUUUUCACGUGUCGGGUUGGAUUAAUUGUUGCAUCGAUUCUCUGUAUCUCCUGUUGCCUUAAGUUUAUUUGUUUUUCCUAGAAAUCUUCUUAAAUUCUGCAAAAGAUGAACUUUAUAUGCAUUUUCUACCUGAAGUAUAGUGUAGAGUUGAUGAGAAAAAUUGGAAGGGGUCCGUAGCUUUUUCUUUGUGUUUCUAACUUCUGAUUUGAGGAUUUAAUACAUUAAAGAUAUCUAUGUAAAAGAAGUGUAAAAGAGUUUCCAGCUGAUUUCAUAUUUGCUAGCUAAAAGGCCUAAUCCUGCUGCACUUCUUCACAGGUUUUGCAUUCAGCAUUUCUCAGCAAACAUAUCUCCAAUAUGGAUCGCACUUCCAUAGGAGUUGAUUCUGCUGUUGACGAACUUGGUAGCCUAGACAUUAAGGCUUGCGUUUCCUGAAAUGCUUCAGCAGGAGUUGAGAUCCCUCACGAUGUUUACCGGCUGCCUCACCAAGUGUGAGGAAGCGGUAAAGACAUCAAUUUGAUCAAUGCGAUUGCUGAUAUUGAAGAUGGUCUUUCUACUCCAAUCACCAAGAAUGGUGGAGAAGAUUUGGAAUUUGUGAGUCAUGAUUUGCUAAACAAAUUUGAGCUACUGGAGCCAAAGAUUACAAACCUUUGUGUUGUCCUGUUGGACUCUUUAAGGUCCAUGUCCUGUCCAAGCGACGAGAUCCUGGAGCUCCUCGAUUGUCUUGUUAGGAAUUUCCAGGAUCUUGCCAACUUGAAAAAUGAUAUUAUUGUCUCUUCCAAGAACCAAAUCAUGGGUAUUAGGAGAAAACUAAGCGUCCUGAGAACCCUUGUUGAUUUCUCUGCAAAAAGAUGUACUGAUCAUCAGAUGCUGGAUUACUUCUUGAAUUAUGUGAAGGAUUUGGUGGACAGUGCAGCAUCUUUAUCUGUUUUGUGCUUGCUGAAAGGGAAAGAUGGAACCAUGGCGGCCCAAGGGUUGGAAACUUUUUUCUCUGAGCAGUUGGAGAAAUGCUUGCCUACCAAUCCAGAGGUUACAGAGAUGUUUAUUGGAGUCCUAAAAGCUUCAAAGUCAUCAAGAUCACACAAAUUUCAAGUCGGUGAAGAUGUUGUCUAUCUUGUCGAUAUUAUACUUAAAGAUUUGGUUGACCCUUCAAAGGGUUACAUUCAAAUCCUUAAAGAGAGGCUGAUAUUCAUGAUAACCUUGUCCAUUUAUUCAGUAGAGGAAGCUGUAAUAGAUGUUGGAGAUGAGUUUUCUUCACAAAUUGAUUCUGACAUUAAUGAGGAACUAUCUCUCAUUUUCUAUCGAUACCUGGACGGAAUAGAAAUGGGUCUUUCUAGUCUCCAAGAAAAGAUUUACAAAGUGAAGAAGGAGAUUAGAAAGCUUUAUGCCCCGUCUCUAAGUUCAUUGAGUUUAAAUUUUCCAAAGACAAAUGGUCUGGCAUUCAUCAAUUUCUUAUUGGAGAAUUUGGAGGAAAUGGUGAAACACAAUCCCAGUAGAAUUGUUUUUGCAAAGCAUCAAGUGAUGAUGGUCCAUGAUGGUCCUCAAAAUUAUCUCAGAGCUGCAGGCAGGGAGAGAAGACCAAGAAGUUUAGAACAUAACUUUGUUUUUUUAAAUAAUCCCGUCCCAACAUUGCAAACCACUUGGAUAGUUUUGAUAUGAUUGUUUGCGACCAAUUUCGGCUAUAACCGUUGAGCUGACCAAAAUGCUCUGCGAAGUAAAAUUCCAUUAGAUCAGGCACAAACUCUUUGUACAUCCACCAUUGAAUGUCACUCCACUAUCUUUAAACAGUAAGAUAAACACAAGGUCCUAGAUUGAUUUAUUCAAAAGAUCCUAUCAAAGGGGAAGCAAGUAUGGUAUGAUCCUAGAGUUUUUUGUUUCGAGAUAAGCCAAUCAUGGACUGCCAGAAAAAGCAAGAAUAAUGCAACAAAAUGAAAAAACACUUGCCUUGACAUUUGGAUAGAAAGAUUCAUUAUGUAACUAUCGCAACCAUGAAAAGACACCUUACUCCGAAGUUGUCCUGCCAUUGAGAUCAAUCUUCUGAAGUACAUUCUGAAAAGCAGCAACUUUUUUGGAGAUUAAAUCUUGCACGGUUGAUGAAUUAAAUAAGUCCAAAGUGAAUCCUUUCCUGAGCAUUUCUUCAACACAAACUGCAGCUUCAUCAUAUCUAUGUUCCUUAAUAAAACGUCGGAAAAUUACAUUGUAGAUUGCCUCAUUGGCCAAACAACCAUUUGCUUCCAUUUGGACAAAGAGCUCUUUAGCUUCAUCUAUCAAACCUUUCAUGCACAGGGUACUGAUGAUUAUGCUAUAUGUUGUAACAUCAGGAUCCAUCACUUUAACAGGCAAACUCUUGUAAAAAUGCUUUGCUACGUCGAGUCUCCCACUUUUACAUAAUCCAUCAAUUAUAAUAUUAUACAUAACGAUAUCUAGCUCUAUUCCAUCCUCUUCCAUCUCCUGCAACAGCUGGAUUGCUUUGUCAACAUGUCCAUUCUUACAAAGACCAUCUAGUAUUACACAAUAGGUGUAAAAAUCAGGUUUGAGGGUGCUGCGUUGCAUCUUGAUAAAUAUUUCUAUUGCAGCAUCGCACUUCCCAGAUUGAAACAAUCCUUUCAACAGAAUAUUGUAAGUAAUGAUAUUCGGAGUUAAUCCUUUAUGCUGAAUGUCUUGAAACAUAUGGAUAGCCUCCUCAAAUUUCAUUUCAUUAAAGUAACCCUGUAACAAAAUAUUGUAUGAGCUAAUGUUAGAAACAAGCCCAUUAGUGACCAUGGCAUCAAAAACUCCUUUUGCCUGAUCUGUUUGGCCAUGCAAACAGUAUCCAUCUAACAAGCUAUUAUACGUGACUGUGGUUGGAGUCUCACCUCUCUGAAGCAUCGUUUCAAAUACAUCAAUUGCAUCUUUCAUCUUUCCUUCCUUUGAUAGUGAAUCAAUUACCAUGUUGUAAGUAUAGACAUCUGGAGCAAUGCCAAAAUCAUUCAUCUCAAUGACCAGUUUUUUUACCUCUGUUCAAUUACCUAAAUUAAGAAAACCUCGGAUCAAGCAACUAUAAGUAAUAACGUUCCAAGCAAUGCCCUUCUCAAUCAUCUCUUGGAAGAGACCAAGAGCUUGGUCCAUCAUCUUAUCCUUGACAAGGGAAUCAAUAAUGAUGCUGUAAUGGAUGACAUCAGGUUUAAUAUCUCUAUUUUCCAUGACUCUAAGGAAUUUAAUAGCUACAUUAGUGUUCCCAGCCUUACACAACCCAUCCAUCACAACCCCAAUCAUCGUCUCAUCUGGUUCACACAAAUUCAAAUUGAUUAUCUUUUCGAAUAGUUCUUGUGCCUGGGAAACCCUGCAUAGUCCAAAUGCUCCCUUUAGUAAAGAGCUAAAGGAAAUGACGUCAGGCACAACCCCACGCUUGAAGAAGGUUCCCAGCAGUGCAAACCCUAAGUCUACUUGACCUUCUUGGCAGUAACAGUGAAUGACCAUAUUCAUGGUGUAGGGUAAUGGCACAUAUUCCGAACGCACAUAUUCUUGUAAAGGGUAAUGGCAAACCAAUGAUUUUUCAUCUUAAUGACACGGGUAAGCAACUGGUUGAAUAGAAUGACAUUAGGUAGAGGCCUCAUUCGCACAAUCUCUUGGUACAAACCACGGGCAUCAUCAAGAUUGUUGAUUUUAUUUAUUUUGAUCCUCAACCAGCCAUACCCAGGUUUAUCACGUCUCAAGCUAGAACUCUUAGAAGUACUAAUUGACAAAGAAGAAUGGAAGCGAAACGGGGAAUUGGGAGAAUGUGAAUAACGUGCAAGAGCUCUAACAUGAGAAGCAGGAUGGGUAUAUAAUGAAGGGAAGAGAAUGGCAGCCACAGUAGACAGAGCAACACCAAAACCAAAAGUUCCUUUUCUCAUUGUAACUAAGCAACUAAGUCGAAAUGAAUUCUUCGUCUGCCGAUGAAAGCUGGGGAUAUGCAGGCAAAUACCGACUAAAAUGACAAUGUAUGGCUAAAUUUCUAAAACUACAGAGCACUCAGAAGUAGUAAGCAAGCAUUUCCUGUGUAAUUAGCAAAGGAAACAAAUAUGAAAUACAUAGGAAUUCAUCGAUGACGAUUGUAAAUAAUAAAAGAAAAAAGAAACUGAAAUUCAGUGAUUCUAUCCUAAUAAUAAUCCCAAAUUACCAAAUCAAAACAUCUAACUUUGCAGCCACAAUAAAUGAAUCGGAAAUGCAUUGUGAACUAAAGACAGAAAGGCGGUUUAAAAAGGAGGGAUAAAACUGACCUGCUGCAGAUAGGUGAAGCAAGAAAAUCGAUGCCUUAUUCAAUUUUGAAUUGGAGUAAGAAAUUAGGGUUUUCUUCUUCUCCCCCAAAUCGAACACAACUAACUGGGGAGACUUUUGAAGUUUGG